CGCUGCGUCACGUGACCGGCUGUUGUGGUGACGUAAGGCGGGAAGAUGGCGGACGGCGGGGAGGCUGGCGGCGGCUGGUGGGGCAGCUGGAUUCACACCACCCUGGAGACGGCGCGGAGCAAGUCGUCGGAAGCGCUGGAGUUCAUCAAGCGCGACCUGACGGAGUUCACGGAGGUGGUGCAGCACGACACCACGUCGACCAUCGCCGCCACCGCCUCGGCCAUGCGCGACAAGCUCGCGGCUGACGGCUCGACGGACACGGGGCGGAAGAUGAAGGAGAGCCUCUCAAGCCUGUUUGGGGUUAUCUCCGACGCGUUUUCACCCUCGCCUGACCGAACUCUGGACUGCGACGAUGUGGCCUUGGUUGCGACUCCGGACGGCUCCACGGAGCCCUACGACCGCGUCAAGGCCCGGCUGUACAGCCUGCAAGCCGACCCUGCCACGUACUGCAAUGAGCCUGAUGGCCUCCAGGAGCAUUUUAUGUCGUGGGCCGAGAGCUUCAGCCUGGAGGAGCGCAAGGCGGAGACGGCGGAGCUGCUGGUCGCGUGCCCCGCGAUCCGCGCGCUCUACACGCGCCUGGUGCCUGCGGCCGUGUCCCACCUGGAGUUCUGGCACCGCUACUUCUACAAGGUCUACCAGUUGGAACAGGACGAGGCACGGAGAGCCGAUCUGAUGAAGAGGGCAGACCCCAGCAGCCAGGACAAGGAGCUGGGCUGGGAAGAUGAGGAGGACGAUCUCCUGGACUCCAAGAAGGAGAGCAGAGUCGGCCACGUCCGCCCCUCCCACCCCGAGGCCGACGAGACCCGGCGCGAGCCCCCCUCCGCGGAUGCGCCGCACCCCCCGAGCUCGUCGGUACAGACGCUGAGCGAACUCACGGAGACGGCGCUCUCGCUGAGCGAGCGGCGUGAGCCGCGGACCACGCCCACCGCCCGCCACGAUUCCGACAAACCGACCCCCUCCUCGCCCGCCCCGGACUCGAGGACUGACGCCGGCGCCGCGCCUGACGCUCUCCCCCCUUCCGCGUCCUCGGAGACCGUGACCACCUCGGACACGGUAACCGCGGAGACGCUCGUGUCGCACGCGCUCGCCGGCGGAGACGGCGGCGCGGGCGAGCGGAGGGACUCGGCGUCCCCGACGCCUCCCGCGGCCGGCAAGGACGAGGCGGUGACCGACCUGCGCGUGCUGGAGCUGCGGUCGGACAGCGGCAAGUCGACGCCGUCCAACAGCGCCAAGAUCGGCUCCAGCACAGACAUCAGCGAGGACUGGGAGAAGGAGUUUGAACUGGACAUGACGGAGGAGGAGAUACAGCAAGCGCUGGCCAAAGCAGAGGCGUCUGGGGAGAUGGAGGGCGACUGGGAAGACUGGGAGUGAGCGACACGAGCUGCACAUCGACCCUGUCUUGACCCCCCUCGCUCCGCCUUCCUCUGUCCGGCGGCGGCGGCAGCGGUGGUAGCGAUUGUUUCACCUCCCGCGCCCCACGUGGCGUGCUCUCCACGGCCGUUACACAUCACCGCAAAGUGUGGCUUUGCCCGGGACCUUAUAAUUUCUUCACGAGAGAUUUUGGUCAUUUGCAAAAAGUGCCAGUACGUGUACGUGCAUGGCCACCUCCCACUUGUCCGGUGGCCGGCCCAGCAGACAGGCUGGGGAUAGGCCGCUGUCGGGCCUUGGUGGACCUUGAGUGAGAUGGGAGGCACUUCCAGCCAUAGAGGAUUUCAUCUGUUUAGGCUUCUUAAGGCCACCUCUUAUACACUCGUGCACGUUAGUUGAAAUAUUUUUUUCUUCCGCACUUCAUUUUGCUUAUGGAUUGUGAGAAGCAAAACUUAGAGAAGCGACAACGGUAAGGGAUUUUUGAAAGCGUAAAAUCAGAGGUUUUUUUGAUACACAAAAAAACUGUUUUAUGUUUGGCAUGCUGCAAAUAAAGGUCACGCAGCCAAAGUUAUUUCAUCUAAAGUGCGAAUAAUAUUGCCGUUAAAAAGUUCCAGCAAUGCCGCACGUUUGCUUGUGAUGUGUGUGAUGUAGCGACAGCGGGUGUCACGGUCUGCGCUGCCAGUUGAAUCAACAACCUACGAAGUGACUGAUGCCAUAGACUUCUCUCAUCUGUAUGUAUAUGUAAAUUACUCUUGACAAAUCAUAGUGCCAUUCUUAUUAUUACUAUUAUUAUUCUAGAAGUAUAUGUGGCUUUUAAUAGCUAUAAUUUAACUUAAGUAUGUCUCCAUACCUGCAUGAUUUAAAGUAACAGUCUGCGUCAUGCCAUGCUCGGGGUGUGUGUGUGAUCCAAGUGUGCAAUAUGAGAGGGCCAGCUGUGGUGAUGGAGAGAUGGCCAUCCCUGCUCAUCUCUGGCUCCCAAUGUGUCUUAUGAAUGGAUAGCAGCACCGGACAGAACUACUGUGGCCGUGAAGCUCUUGCGCCUCUUGGGAGGCUGCUGUGAGCCACGCGGCCCACCCGUUGACAUCCGCAAUGUAGUUGAACCGAUGACGCGCUCAGCAGCUGAUCGCGCCUACCCCUGGAGUGCGCAUUCUCUAGGGGCAUAAUUGGAAAAGCAAUUGUAGAUAAUAGUUUCGACACUUUUUAAGCCUAAAGGCAGAAUGACGCUUGUUAAUAUUUCUCAAGUUCGAACGCUAGAAUCCGUAGCAGUAGCACUCGACGACUGUUCAGCCGCCACCAGUUGCACCAUCGCGUGUGUGCGGUCAUGAGGUGGGAGGACAGUCUGCCGAUGGCCGCCGGAGCGUUUUUGGCAGCAGCAGUUACUGCUGCUGCUGGGGCUACCUGCUGUACCUGGGGGUCAUCGGAGACGUACACACCCGAGAGCGGCUUCACGUCCAGCGCUGUGUGUGGAGUGGUCAUGAAGCGGAGACCGGUGUUACUUGAAGGCGGACCGUCGGUCUGGCAAAGCUGACUCGGCGGCUGGGUUUGGACGUGACCGGAGUGAGAAGACGAACUCCGGUCCGCACCUUGAUCUGCUUCUGAAUUGUCUUCAUCAGUUGACCUGUAAACAUUUGGGCAAGCACUUCAAUGUUUCAGUAUGGAUACAACGAGAAUAGGUCAUGGUUGGCUAUGCCUUAGGAAGAAGUUUCAUUUGGAAUUGGCAUAAAUUUAUCCAGAGUGUGGAAAUAUUGGAUACUGGGGUUCGGUACUAUUUGUCAUGUAUUUACAGUUUGGUUAACACGUAGGCUUAUUAAAAAUAUGCUUUGCA